AUGGGGGCUUGUGCCGUCGUGGCGGCAGCAGGCGUUGCAACGUCCGUUGCAUCCAGAGACAAGUCUGACGCUCGCUGUUGUGGCAUUGUAGGGUAUAUUGGAACGGGAAACGUGGAGCCAGUGCUGAUGGAAGGAAUUGAAAUUCUCCAGAAUAGGGGGUAUGACAGCUGCGGCAUGACAACCAUUGCGAAUGAUGGACAGCUAGUCACAACGAAGUUCGCGAGCAGAGGUACAACCAGCGACUGCAUUCAGCUACUGAAGAAGGAAGCCGCCGCUCAUCAUGGUGGGCAUCAUAUAGGGAUUGCCCACACGCGCUGGGCAACUCAUGGUGCAAAAACGGACACGAACGCGCAUCCGCAUAUGGACUGGAAAAGGCGCAUAUCGUUGGUACACAAUGGCACCAUCGAUAAUUUCUCACAGUUGAAAAAGGACCUAAUAGCCAAGGGUUGUUUGUUUAUGACGGAAACGGACUCGGAAGUUAUUGCAAAUCUCAUAGGAUACAAGCUCGACCUCGGGCUGUCCUUUGAAGAAGCUGUAGCUGAGAGUGUCUCGCAGCUGCAGGGCACCUGGGGUCUUUGCGUGAUUCACAAGGACUUCCCAGAUCGCAUAGUGCUUGCCCGCAACGGUUCACCACUGCUUGUUGGCAGUAGUGACGGGCAAGUCUUUAUAGCAUCCGAGCCAGCCGCCUUGGCAAGGCACACCAGCCAAUACCUCAUGCUGCAGGAUGGAGAAAUAGCGAUCGUCACCAGCAAGGGCAUUGAUCAGCUCCUGGAGUCACGCGACAUGCACCGCAUCUCUGCAGAAACGGUAGAAACCUCCCCAGACCCAUUUCCCCACUGGACUCUUAAAGAAAUAUUUGAGCAACCCCAGAGUCUGGCCCGCGCUCUCAACUAUGGGGGCCGAAUAAUGGCCCACGGGAACCGUGUGAAGUUAGGGGGGCUGGACCAAAACAAAGACUUGCUAGCGAUCCGCAAUCUGCUGCUUGCGGGAUGCGGUACGUCAUUGUACGCCGGCAUGUACGGGGAACAGCUUAUGCAAUGGCUGGCCUGUUUCGACCAGGUGCGCGCUAUAGAUGCUACAGAACUGGAGCAGCACUCUCUACCCAAACAUGACGCCGGAAUUCUCCUGCUCUCCCAAUCAGGGGAGACGCUGGAUACUAUUCGUGCUUGCCAGAUUGCUGAUGAACAUGCAGUGAGGAAGUUUUCAAUUGUUAAUUCAGUGGGUUCUCUCCUCGCUCGCAUGACCUCCUGCGGGGUGUAUCUUAACGCCGGCAGAGAAGUUGCUGUCGCGUCGACGAAGGCCUUCACUUCCCAGGUGACGGUGCUUGCCCUGGUAUCCAGCUGGUUUUGGCAGAACCUGCGGAGCGAAGAGUACUCAGAUCGCUGCAGUGCUUUAUUGGACGCCCUUCAUCGGCUUCCUGUUUAUGCGGGUAUGACACUGAAUGCCCAUGGGGCUUGCAAGCGGAUUGCAGAGAAGUUGAAGGAUGCGCAGACGCUGUUCGUGCUUGGCAAAGGCUUUGGUUACCCUGUUGCUCUCGAAGGUGCCCUGAAGAUUAAGGAAAUAUCGUAUAUCCACGCAGAAGGGUUUGCUGGCGGAGCGUUGAAACACGGGCCAUUUGCUCUGAUCGACGACAAAGCACGCACUCCUGUAGUCAUGAUUGUCCUUGGGGACCAGCACGCAGCACUUAUGCUCAACGCUGCUCAGCAGGUGAAGGCUAGAGGUGCGUAUCUCAUCUGCUUAACUGACUUCCCGGAGCUCGUGCAAGAUGUAGCUGACGAUUACAUUGUUAUCCCAAGUAAUGGGCCGCUCACGGCACUGCUUGCAGCGAUCCCUCUGCAGCUCUUGGCCUACGAACUCUCCGUUGCCAGGGGAAUCAAUCCGGACAAGCCAAGAGGUCUCGCCAAGACAGUUACAGUCAGUUAG